UGUGCCAGUCAUUGACAAGUGUUAUAGGUUAUGCUGUCAAAUAAUAAAAAAAAAAAAAAAACAAACAAGAGAACGAGUAUUUUACCCUUAAACAAUAAUUAAAAAUGUUCAUUAUGAUUAAAUGUGUGUCAAAAAAGUCAAAAUAAUUAUAAUACAUAUUUCUAUUUAGCGAUAUUAUCGAUAUCAAGGAAACAUAACCUAAAAACAAGUUGAAUAAAAUUUAUUUUUCACGUCAUUUUUUUUCUUGAUAUAAAAGUACUUCAAUUGAUAACAAAAAUAGUGAAAUUUAAAAAAAAAAAGUGCAUAUUGACCCGGGAAUAUCGGGGCGAUAUGAAUAAAUUCAAGUGCCAUGAAAGAAAAAAUUAAUCGAUUUAAAAGAAUAGACGAUUUUGAAAACCAUUGGCAUGGGCAAUUGUUUGUGCAAAGAUAGUCCUGACGAUCAUCAGCCUUAUACAAGUAGUAAUCAUGCAAUUUCAGCUAAUACAAUUUUACCCGAUAACAAUAUUGACCUCAUCUCAAAUGCAGAUGAGGGCACAGGUUUUAAAUUUCCAACUUCUGCCAACAUAGAUAAAUUGGUUCUUGAAACACUUGGAGUAAUUGGUCUCUUGGUGGACAAUGAACAAGAACCACCACCGGCAAUGUUAAAAUUACACUCGAUUGCUGACAAAGAAGAUGGUUGGAUACAAGUUGUUAGCUCAAUGGUGAACGUUAUACCAAUGCACAAUUCUCUAGGUCCUUCAGUAAUGACACUAUUAAUCGAUGACUGUCCAUUACCUUCAAAGGACUCGGUAAUGCGACUAUCGCAAUUGUUUCAAUUGUCACAAAAUUCUGGAAAAUCGAAAAUUAGUGCCACUCAACAAAGAAAUAUAUGCGUGGUACUUGGAUGCAUUGCUGAAAAAUUAGCAGGACCCAGUAGUAUAGCAAUUUUGUCUGAUGCAACAUUAGAUUAUUUGGUGUCAAAUCUUCGAAACGAUGUUGAACCUUGUGUGGUGCUUCAUUCCUUAAUAGGAUUGGAAAAAUUUGCACAAACAAGUGAAAACAAAAUAACAAUUAAGAAACGACUUUUAAUGGAAAAAUUAAAUCCCUUAUUGGAACUAGAAAAAUGGGUUAAUGAAACUAAUUACGUUAAACGCCAAGUUGGUUUCUGUGCUCAAUGGUGUUUAGAUAAUUUAUUUUUAAUGGAAGGUCGGAAAUAUUCCCAUGACACAGUUGAUAUGACUGGUAUAAAUGUAAUGCUAAAUACAAAAGAUGUAAGCGAGUACCUGAAAAUUUCACCUAAUGGUUUAGAAGCACGAUGCGAUGCUUAUUCAUUUGAAAGUGUAAGAUGCACAUUUCAAGUUGAUACUGGAGUUUGGUAUUAUGAAACUCUUAUCGUAACAACUGGAGUUAUGCAAAUUGGUUGGGCCACAAAGGACAGUACAUUUCUCAAUCAUGAAGGUUAUGGCAUCGGGGAUGAUCAGUAUUCUUUAGCUUACGAUGGUUGUAGAAGACUUAUUUGGCACAAUGCUCGAAGUGAAAAAUAUCACGAUAAAACAUGGAAAGCUGGGGACAUAUUAGGCUGUCUUUUAGAUUUAAAUAGACUAGAGAUUAUAUUCUCCAUUAAUGGCGUUCCAUUGAAAGCUUGCACUCAAGUUUUUAAGACUGCCCGAUCAGGAUUUUUUGCUGCAGCAAGUUUCAUGUCAUUCCAACAAUGUUCGUUUAAUUUCGGUAAUAUUCCGUUUAAACAUCCACCACAGGAUCGAGAAUAUCAGACAUUUAAUGAUUUUGCAACACUUGAUCCUGAAGAUAAAGUUGUUCUGCCUAGGCACAUUUAUUUGGAACAAUUAAGGAAGAUGAGCGUCAGGGAAGACUCAUGUACCUUAUGUUUCGAUCAAAAAGCUUCUGUCAGAUUGCUACCGUGUGAUCAUCGUGGAUUUUGCGAAAUAUGUUCUAAACAAUUGGUCGAGUGUCCAAUGUGUCGUGCUACUAUUGAGGAAGUAGCUGCGGAUAACAUUAGUCAGUUAAGUUAGCGUUUGUUAAUAAGUUUUCUCAUUCUUCAAUAAUUUUUCCAAAAAUAAUCAGUGACUUGGCAGAUAAUCAUAUUAAAUUACACUGAAAAAAUAUGUACUUAUUAAUUUCAAAUUUUUCGUAAUUUUAAAGAAAAAAUAAUAAAAGGGAAAUUUUUAAAUAAAAUUUGCAUGUCUCAGGGAAAAUUACGAAAAUAUAUUAAAAUUUUCGUAACAAUACCCUGAUAUUGAAUUGGAUAAAAAUACGAAUUCGAUUUUAUUUUGUGAGAGAGAAAUUCAAAAUUCUUCAUUGAUAUGUUUUUUGUAUUACUAGCGGGACAGACAAUGGACUGUGUAAUUAAUCAAUGCAUUUCCGAUUAAACGGAUGGAAUUUUUUUUUUUUGUAAAAAUAUUCUUUUUUUUCGUUUUUAUCAAAUAUAAUAAUAAUUUUUGAUACUCGA